ACAAUCAUCCUCAAUAUGAAACAGAACGAAUUGGCAGGCGAGGAAGGGUUCGGUGUAGGAACCUCUUCAGGUGCCUAUCGAGUCCCUGAUGGCAGUCGACCCGAGGCAGAAAGGCGACCACUGACUCUGCCCCCGAACACAAGCCUGGACAAAUUUAACAACUUCAUGCAACGUAUCGCCGAUAUUGUUGGUAUCGAGAAUGCUACAGUCAUAUCCAGCGACAAUGAGCUUAAGCAUGAGUCUUACCUUGACCCGAGCAAGGCUUACGAUGAAUAUUUUGUCAGCUCUGCCGUUGUCGCUCCUCGCAACGUGCCAGAUGUCCAAGCUAUCAUGCGACUGUGCAACGAAUUCGAGAUACCAGUCUGGCCAUUCAGUAUUGGCAGAAACGUCGGUUACGGAGGUGCUGCACCCAGGGUCCCUGGAAGUAUCGGUCUUGACAUGGGCAAGAAUAUGGCAAAGAUUCUGGAAGUGAACGUCGAUGGUGCAUUUGCCUUUGUCGAGCCAGGCGUAACGUUCAUGCAAGUCUUGCUUGAUCCACAUCUGAGCGUCCUUGCUGACAUGAAUCUAGCNGAUCUCCACAACUAUCUGGUCGAACACAACUUACGCGAGAAACUCUGGAUCGAUGUCCCUGAUCUUGGAGGAGGCUCCGUGAUUGGUAAUACUGUUGAGCGUGGUGUAGGGUAUACGCCAUAUGGUGACCAUUGGAUGAUGCAUUGUGGUAUGGAGGUAGUCCUGCCAGACGGCACUCUAUGGCGAUCUGGUAUGGGUGGUCUGCCAAACCCGAACGUUGACCCUAACGCGCCACCACACGAACAAGCUGCAAAUGAGACCUGGGGUCUGUUCAACUAUGGCUUCGGACCUUACAACGAUGGAAUCUUCACUCAGUCUUCUCUUGGUAUUGUCGUCAAAAUGGGUAUAUGGCUCAUGGUAAACCCUGGCGGGUAUCAAAGCUAUCUCAUCACUCUGCCGAAGGACGAGAAUUUGCACCAAGCUCUGGAGAUUAUAAGGCCUCUACGAGUAGGUAUGGUGCUACAAAAUGUGCCGACCAUGAGACAUAUCUUGCUGGACGCAGCAGUCAUGCCUCUGAACGACGAUGGGCUCGACGCUAUCGCAAAGAAGCUCAACCUAGGACGCUGGAACUUCUAUGGCGCAGUCUACGGUCCGCCACCAGUACGCGAAGUACUGCUUUCAGUGAUCAAACAAUCAUUCUUGCAGAUCCCGGGAGCGAAAUACUACGAGCCAGAAGACAUGCCCGAUAACGUGGUUCUUCAAACUAGAAACGACACACUGCAAGGAAUUCCUAGCACAACCGAAUUACGAUGGGUGGACUGGCUACCCAAUGGCGCUCACCUGUUCUUCAGUCCUAUCGCAAAAGUGUCAGGAGAUGAUGGUGUAGCACAAUACAAAGUGACCCGUCAACGCUGCGAAGAAGCCGGGUUCGACUUCAUCGGCACCUUUGUGGUUGGGAUGAUGCAUCACAUCGUCUGUAUCGUGUUCGACCGCAAAGACCCUGACAGCAGGCGCCGUGCCCACUGGUUGAUACGAACAUUGAUCGACGACGCAGCAAAGCGUGGCUGGGGAGAAUAUAGAACACAUCUCAGUGUGAUGGAUCAAAUCGCAGAAACAUACAGUUUCAACGACAAUGCGCAGAUGAAGUUGAACGACAAGAUAAAGGCUGCCCUAGAUCCGAAAGGUAUCAUCAGUCCAGGCAAGAAUGGAGUCUGGCCUAAGAAAUACAACAAAGCUGAUUGGAAGGUACCCGAGCAAUGA